AUGGGUGGAAUAUUUUCCGAGAGGUCCAAUGUCUAUAGCUUCGGAGUGUUGCUACUGGAGAUAGCAUGGCAAUUGUGGAGUGAUGGCAAAGCAUUGGACCUAACGGAUGUAGCAAUGGCUGUUACCUCUCCAUUGGAGAUAACAAGAUGCAUCCAUGUUGGGCUUCUUUGUGUUCAGGACCAUGCCACGGAUAGACCAAACAUGUUGAAUGUGGUUCUGAUGUUAAGUGGCGAGUCAGAUCUUCCUCAGCCGAGGCAGCCUAUAUUCACUUUUCAAGCUGAAAGGCCAAAUCAUUCUAUUCCAUCACAACAAGAAAGCAUCCGGUUUGUUAACACUAUCACCAAUACAAUGGUCGAAGGAAGAUGA